AGUGCCGGGCCGGCUCCCGCACUUGCGCACUGGCUCCGCGUCGGCCGGCCGGUUUGGUCGGUUGUGGUGGCCUCGCCGCCCAGUCCGCUGUCGCAGCGCUCAUCCGCGCCGGGAGCCCUUGGCUGCGUCGCCCGGCAGCCGCGGGAGCAUUUCCUGAAGACGUGGCCAUGCAGCGCAUCAGCAGCUCCCAGAGCGGCCAGCACCACGUCCAAUGGCCCAGGGCCUGCCCCGGCACGGGCGAGGAGCAGCCAGCAUGCUCCCAGCCACCCCCGCCCCUCACGCUGCCAUCCCCCAGCCACCAACCGCAGCAGCUGAUGGUGAGAGGGGGCCCUGCGGGUGGGCAGAACAUGCAUGUUGCCCUGCAGGGCAUGGGCCCUGGGCUCGAGGGAAUCCCACAGGUCACACUGGCCCCACUGACGCUCCCCAGCCCCACCUCUCCAGGCUUCCAGUUUGGCACUCAGCCAUGGCAGUUUGAGCACGGGUCUCCAUCAUACAUUCAGGUCACGUCCCCACUGUCCCAGCAGGUCCAGACCCAGAGCCCCACACAGCCCGGCCCCGGGCCAGGGCAGGCCCUGCAGAAUGUGCGUGCAGGUGCUCCUGGCCCUGGGCUGGGCCUCUGCAGCAGCAGCCCCACGGGGGGCUUCGUGGAUGCCAGCGUGCUGGUGAGGCAGAUCAGCUUGAGCCCAUCCAGUGGCGGACACUUUGUGUUUCAGGAUGGGCCAGGACUCACCCAGAUCGCCCAGGGAGCCCAGGUUCAGCUCCAGCACCCGGGUACGCCCAUCACAGUCCGAGAGCGGAGACCCUCCCAGCCCCACACACAGUCAGGGGGCACCAUCCACCACUUGGGACCCCAGAGCCCUGCAGCCGCGGGUGGGGCUGGCCUGCAGCCCCUGGCCAGCCCAAGCCACAUCACCACGGCUAACUUGCCACCACAGAUCAGCAGCAUCAUCCAGGGCCAGCUGGUCCAGCAGCAGCAGGUGCUGCAGGGGCCGCCGCUGUCCCGGCCCCUGGGCUUCGAGAGGACGCCCGGCGUGCUGCUCCCCGGGGCUGGGGGCGCAGCGGGGUUUGGGAUGACGUCCCCACCUCCGCCCACUAGCCCUUCCAGGACUGCCGUGCCCCCAGGCCUUUCCAGCCUCCCACUCACGUCUGUGGGGAACGUGGGAGUGAAGAAGGCUCCCAAGAAGUUAGAGGAGAUUCCCCCAGCCUCUCCGGAGAUGGCGCAGAUGAGGAAGCAGUGCCUGGACUAUCAUUACCAGGAGAUGCAGGCUCUGAAGGAGGUCUUCAAGGAGUAUUUGAUUGAACUGUUUUUCUUGCAACACUUUCAAGGGAACAUGAUGGAUUUCUUAGCUUUCAAAGAGAGACUGUAUGGACCAUUACAAGCAUAUCUUAGGCAGAAUGAUUUGGACAUUGAAGAGGAGGAGGAGGAGCACUUUGAAGUCAUUAAUGAUGAGGUAAAGGUUGUGGCCAGAAAGCACGGGCAGCCUGGGACUCCUGUUGCCAUAGCAACCCAGCUUCCCCCGAGGACUUCCGCGGCUUUUCCAGCCCAGCAGCAGCCGCUCCAGGAGAACCAGGUGCAUCAGUGCGUUGCGGAGCUGAGGAAAGCAGGUGUGUGGUCCCAGAGGCAUCUGCCGAAGCUGCAGGAGGCCCCACAGCCCAAGUCGCACUGGGGCUAUCUGCUGGAGGAGAUGCAGUGGGUGGCCACAGACUUUGCCCAGGAAAGGAGGUGGAAGGUGGCCUCUGUGAAGAAGAUGGUCAGAGCCGUGGCCCGGCAGCUGCAGGACAGGACGCGCAGAGGCCGAGACCGGGAGGGCGGAGCCGAGCAGGCUGAGACGGACGGCACCUCCACUACCAGAGAAAUCCAGCAUUCCUGGUCUAGUACUGCGCAGGAGCACUUGAUUCGACUCCAGGAGCAGAAACUGCAGCUGCCCCCACCACCCCUACCACCGCAGACCCUGCCUGGGGCCCCGCAGCCAACCACACAAGUGCAAGUGCAGUCGCCACCCCCUACCACAGCAGAGCCCCCAGCUCACGGCUCCGGGCCCAGAGCCCUGGUGACAGGUACCAUCAUGGCCAACCUCCAGACUCCACCUCCCACCUGCAAGGCCCAAGACUGAUGUCAGUGCUGAUGUCCCAGAUGGCCCAGGUUGCUCUGGCUACGCCUCCUGUGGUGUCUGUCCUGGCAGUUGCGGUGCUGUCAGCCAGGGUCACAGAGCCUCCAGCAACACAACAGGAUCAGUGUUGUGAUAGGACAGCUGCAGAAAGCGGCAGGUAGGCAGUCAACUUCACCUCACCCAACUCGAAACAACUCACUUGAGUGAGUUGCAUCAAACCUUUCUAAAUUUCUCAUUCUAGAAGUUGCUGAGUUGUUUUGCCACGUGUUAAUUUUUUAAGAUGCCUAAUUAGAGCCUCAUUCCUUGCACCUCCCCCUUCUAAGCAAAUGGAGCAGAGACCGCAAUACCCCCCAGCGAGAGCUGCUUGCCGCUAUUAAGGGGAGAUGCAGCAUGGGCAUUAUUUCUCCUUUUUAAGGCAGCAGGCAUUUCCUUUACUGUCAUUGCCAUGCAGUUUACUCCUCUGAGCAAAUCAGCGGCAAUGAUGAGUGUGAGAUGAAGCUCCUUGUCUACAUGUGCUUCGUGUGUCCUGUGUGCUGUCUCUCUCCUGUCACCACAGGGGGCCAGACUGGUUGCACAGCCUCUGCAUGUGCAGCAGCUCCAAAAGCUGAAACACCACCAGCAGCAACAAGCUGUGCAGCCCUCAGCCACCCAAGGCCCGCUGCUGCACAGCAGAAGGUAAGUGGCCACUUGGCUUUGUGGGAGCUGCAUCUCACACUCGUCGUUCAGGCACCUUAGGCCAGAGUGGGGCUGGACUCAGCCCCUUCCUUUUGGAGGCAGCCUGAUGAGCAGAGCUGAGGAGGCUCCUGGAGGUGGGUAGGGGCCGAGUGUUAAGGAACUCAGACCCUGUAAUUUUUACAUAUAUUUGCUCUCUGGGGGAGAGCUUGCUUUGCUGUAGAGUAUAAUUUUUCAAAAAUAUUUACAAUGAUUUCUAUGAAAAAUCACUCUGACAAGGACUUCUAUUUCUGGUAAUAUGGUAGAUGAGAGAACCUGAAAAUCUAUCUCAACAAAACAUCUAAAAAUGCCGGAUUUUCAAAAAUUGCCAGGUAAAAUAUAUAAAACCAUGAAUGAGUCUGCAGGAUAGUGAGUCUAGAAACCAGGCAAGGGCUGAAGUCUAAGGAGGUAGGUCUGUGCUAAAGACACUCUAUGACCUGGGUCCCCAUGGACCCAGAUGACCUAGAACUUUGAAGUGAGUUUUGGGAGCAGUCUGGAGAAGCCUUGGGCCCAGGGAGGUGCAGAACCAAAUUGGAGACCCCCAUAUAGGGCUGGGCUCACAAAAGGAUACAGCAAACACUACCAGGAAAUGAUGAAGUGGGCAAACCACUCCUCUAAGCUUCACUGCAGGAACAGUAUCUCACUUGGCCAUGGCUGUGGAUGGAACAUCUUUAAAAAGUCCCUCCUAUAAAUUUAUGGCCCCUGGCUAGCACUCUCCACCACAGAUGUAGGGCCAAAGUUCAUAUUAUUUACAUGUUCAAAAGAACUGCAAACUGUGAGUUUUAAUUGCAAGCAUAUCUGGAUCUAUAGUGCCCCAGGCCUCUGCUAGAAUGUACAUUCUUGCAGGAGGAACCCCCAACCUAGGCCUCAAAGAAUUCCAGCCAGCAGGAUCCCUAGACUAUAAGUUCAUAGUGGAAAAUCAUAGCACAUGCAAGAGAAGGGGCCUCAGAAGUGAUGGCCAAAAGAACCACACCUACAAAGACUCAGAUGUUAGAAUAGGAAAUGCAAAUAUGUUUAAUGUGUUUGAAGAAACAAGGAGAAGCUAAAAAGCAUGAAUAAGAAGCAAGAGAUUAUCAGAGGCUAAGCAGACACUAAAUGAACCAAAUAGAACAUCUAAAAAUGAAAAAUGUAAUAACUGAAAUUCAAAACUUAAUGGAAGUAAUCUUGAUCCCUACCUCACACCCCAUAGAAAAUUAACUCAAUGGAUCAUAGACCCAAACAUAAAAUUCAAACUAUGAAACAUAGGAAAAAUUUUGUGACUAUAGAUUAAGUAAACAUUUCUUAGAUAUGACACCAAAAAUAGAGCCUAUAAAAGGAAAAAAUUGGCAAGUCAUACUUUAAUAAAAUUAAACCUUUUUGCUAUGUGAAAACCAUUGUUUAGAGAAUAAAAAGACAAGUUACUGGGAGAAAACUUUUGCCAGUCAUGUAGCUGAUUAAGGACAUGUAAACAGAACAUACAGAGAACUGUCAAAGCUUACUAAUACAAAAACAACUUAUUUUGUAAAGUGGGCAACAGAUUUGAGCAGACACUCCACCAAAGAAGCUCUCUAGGUGGCAAAUAAGCACUGUCCUCUGGGAAAUGCAAAUCAAAAUCACAAUGAGAAACUACUGCACACCCGUGAGAAUGCCUUAAAUAAAAAAAAAAAAGACAAGACCAAAACUAAGUGCUAGUGAGGGUGUAGAACAACAGAAAUUCUCAUACCUUGUUGGUGGGACUGUAAGAUAGUGGAGCCCUCUGGAAUCAGUUUGGCAGUUUCUUAUAAAAUAAAACAAUCAUUUACUGUAUGACCCAGCAAUCCCACCCCUCAUUCUUUACACCAGAGAAAUGAAGACAUAUGUCCCAAGUGAUAACCAAAUACUGUAACCACAAUGAAAAACACAAGUGUUCAUAGCAGCUUUAUUCAUUUACCUAAAACUGGAAGCAACCCAGACACUCUUCAACUAGCCAAUGGGUAAACAAAUGGUGGCCCACUGAUUCCAUAAAACAGCACUCAGCAGGAGAGAGGGCUGGACCACUGAUGCUGGGGGCAGCAGGGAUAAGCCUGAAAUGUCUUGUGCAGAGUGAAAGAAGCCACACUUAGAAGGCUGCAGUUUUUGUUUUUAUAUGACAUUCUGGAAAAGGCAACACUAUAGCAACAGAGAAGAGAUCUGUGGUCACCUGGGCCUGGGGCAGUAGAAGGACUGACUUUCAAAGGGGCAAGAGGGAAUUCUGG